GAUUCAUUCAUUUUCUCUCCAGCUGAUUUGCUAAACGUAAACAGAGAGUACCGCACACGAAAAAUAUUUUUAAUUUUUAUUAAUUUCUCUUAAAGAAAUCUCAUUUCCUGGAAUAAUUAGUGAGCAAAGAGUGUUGUGAAGAGUCUUUCCGUGAAUUGUGCGUGAGAUGGAGUGCGUGAAUGUGUCAGGAAAGUGCCGGGCGUGUCGUAUAAAGACGCAGAAGGAAUUCCAGAUUCCCAUCUUCACCACAGAGAAUCUCCAGCUGAUUUUCCACGAAGCUACAUCACUUGAGAUUCACGAGAAUGAUGGACUUCCGGAAGUAAUCUGCGAAGAUUGCCACAAACGCCUCUUGGAGGCAUAUAAAUUCCGCCAAAUGUGCGCCUCAUCUGCCCUAGCAUUCCGGCAAAUAAUUUCAGGGGAUGGUGAUGGUGAUUUUGAGGAGAAAUACAAACCUCCGGAGGUUGUAGGUGUUCCGAGUGAGGGAGAAGUUAUGCUUCCUGACGUAGAUGUUUGUUUUCCGGAAGUAAAAUUUAAUCCUCUUGAGGCCCUAGUUGAUGCAAAACUUCCUCAAGAGGAUGAUGCAGAUGAUAACUUAUUAGACACCGAAAAUAAUAAGGAUCUCACGAAGGGGAAGAGGAUUUCACGGAAGAGAAUUUGCCGUGGAAAAAAUGACAAAGAUCCUCUGGAAUCAGUGAAAGAUGAUCCAGAUUGGACUGAGAAUUCAUCAAAGUCUCCGAAAAGAGCAAAGGUUGUAUCAAUUAAACCGAGAAAGAUGGGGAAGAAGAAACAAAAUGCCCUGCCAAGGGAUAAUGAUGGAGCCGCAGGAAAUGGGGAGGAACAACAAGAAGAUGAGAAGAAGCCAGAAGAUCCUCCUUCAUCCUUUACCGUGGAAUAUGUGUGUAAGGUGUGUGGAAAGAAGUACACAAAGAGGGAGGGUCUCAAGUCGCACAUGCGUUUUACCCAUCCGGGAGUACGAAUUGAGAGGACAGUGAUGGAGUGCAAUUUGUGCGGGAAGAAGUACAACAAGAUCGGCAGCUUGCAAAAUCACAUGAAAGUUUGCCAUCAAGGUCUCAACCUUGCCAAAUGCACUCUCUGUGACAAAGAAUUUAAGUCCAAUGAUGGACUUAAAGGACACAUGGUCAGGUAUCAUGGAGCAAAUGAUAUGAUCAGGUGCACGGAAUGUACGAAAGUUUUCAGUACAAAGGAGGGUCUUGAGAAUCAUAUAAAGGAAUGGCAUGAUCCGGAGAAUCCCAAAGAGAAGCCCAAGAACUACAUGUGUGAUCUCUGUGGGAAGGCCUUCGCAUCACCAGCAGCUCUCCUGAGGCAUACAAAUUCCCACGCGGGAAUAAAGCCCUAUCAGUGUUCAGUCUGCCCUCGCGCAUAUCAAACUAAACAUCGUCUUAAGGUCCACAUGAUGCGCCACGAAGGGAUUAAGGAGCAUGUGUGCACAGUCUGUGGUCUGCGCAAGACAACGGGGACAGAAUUAAGAACUCACAUGAAUCUCCACAAUAAGGACAAAGUCUACCCCUGCGGACUCUGUCCCAAAAUCUUCUAUGCUCACGCAAAUUAUAAUCUCCACGUGAGGACAGUUCAUCAGGGAAUUAAGGCAUAUAGUUGCCCACACUGUGAGCAAUCCUUUGCAAGAGCAGGGACUCUAAAGCACCACGUGAUGACCCACACAGGUGAGAAACCUCACGCAUGUGAAGAAUGCGGGAAGAGAUUCAUUCAGCUUACAGCACUGAAUACGCACAAAAGAACACACGGAACACAUAGAAAAAUUAAGUAAUUUUAUUAAGAAAUCUUGGAGAUUAUAUUAAUUCCAGAAUUAUAAAAUAAAUUUAAUUUUUCUCUCUAA